AUGAUGCUACCCUGUUUCUCUUCAUGGGAAGAGCUAUUUUUUAAACACAGAGGCCUACUGGGAGGUCCUCCUCUGUCAUGCAGUGACCAGUUGGAUAUCCAAGGCCUGUGGAGAUGCCAUGGAAACUCCCAGCCUGUCGCCGGUCAUGUUACGGAUGGUACCUGUCUCAUGGUACCAAGUGACGUGUCCCUCUUGUGAGAUUCGAUCCCCAGAACCUCCUGAGAAGAUGUCAGGAAUGCAGGCUGUCUGGCCGUCCGGUACGGAAUGCAUUGCCAAGUACAACUUCCACGGCACUGCCGAGCAGGACCUGCCAUUCAGCAAGGGUGAUGUCCUUACCAUCAUUGCCGUCACCAAGGACCCCAACUGGUACAAAGCAAGAAACAAGGUGGGCCGCGAGGGUAUCAUCCCUGCCAACUAUGUGCAGAAACGGGAAGGAGUGAAAGCUGGCAUCAAACUCAGCCUGAUGCCCUGGUUCCAUGGGAAGAUCACGCGGGAGCAGGCAGAACGGCUGCUGUACCCACCUGAGACAGGGCUCUUCCUUGUGCGGGAGAGCACCAACUACCCUGGUGACUAUACGCUGUGCGUGAGCUGCGAGGGCAAGGUGGAGCACUACCGCAUCAUCUACUCGGCCAGCAAGCUCAGCAUCGAUGAGGAGGUCUACUUUGAGAACCUCAUGCAGCUGGUGGAGCAUUACACUUCAGACGCCGAUGGGCUCUGCACGCGCCUCAUCAAGCCAAAGGUCAUGGAGGGGACAGUGGCAGCUCAGGAUGAGUUCUCCCGAAGUGGCUGGGCCCUCAACAUGAAGGACCUGAAGCUGUUGCAGAUCAUUGGCAAAGGAGAAUUUGGAGAUGUGAUGCUAGGGGAUUACCGGGGAAACAAGGUUGCCGUAAAGUGCAUUAAAAACGACGCCACCGCCCAGGCCUUUCUGGCAGAGGCCUCAGUGAUGACGCAGCUCCGGCACAGCAGCCUGGUGCAGCUGCUGGGAGUGAUCGUGGAGGAGAAGAGUGGCCUCUACAUUGUCACCGAGUUCAUGGCAAAGGGAAGCCUAGUAGAUUACCUGAGAUCCCGAGGGAGGUCUGUGCUCAGCGGAGACUGCCUGCUUAAGUUCUCUUUAGAUGUCUGUGAAGCCAUGGAGUAUCUGGAAGCCAACAAUUUUGUCCACCGGGAUCUGGCAGCGAGAAACGUGCUGGUCUCGGAGGACAACAUUGCCAAGGUCAGCGACUUUGGGCUGACCAAGGAGGCAUCGUCCACUCAGGACACGGGGAAGUUGCCGGUGAAAUGGACGGCACCAGAAGCACUUAGAGAAAAGAAAUUCUCCACCAAGUCUGACGUGUGGAGUUUCGGGAUCCUCCUCUGGGAAAUCUACUCCUUCGGGCGAGUGCCUUAUCCGAGAAUCCCUCUGAAGGACGUCGUUCCCCGUGUGGAGAAGGGCUACAAGAUGGACCCGCCUGACGGCUGCCCCCCAAUUGUCUACGAGGUGAUGAAGAAGUGCUGGGAACUGGACCCCAACCAUCGGCCUUCCUUCCACCAACUACGGGAACAGCUAGAGCACAUCAAAGCCAACGAGCUCUACCUGUGAGGCAGGGGCAGGGCUCUUCCCCCGCCCUGCCCCUUUCCCCAGCGGGCCCUACCCCUCUUCAUGCACACUGGUCAGAGGGAGGGCACAAAGACUCACGUGAGCCACUGGAUCAGGAGUCGGACCUGCUCUGAGGCUUGGCCCACAGGACUGUCCUAGAGGAACCCAUUGGACUUGUGUAAACGCACCCCAUCCCCUUUGCCCACCCUGGCCACCCCUUCCCAGAUCCUUUUGGCUGAGUUGUCUGGAGAUGCAUGAGUGAGAGUGACUUGAGUGAAGUUGUUCCCACCAGCCCUUCCUGCCCUGAAGGGAUCAGCCUGGGAGGGGGAAGGCAAGCAUCAUGUUUUAGGAGCAUGUGGUGCCCCCCUGAACACACAUACACACAGUCUCCCUUUCCUUCCCCCCAACUGGAUCUCUCUUUUGCUCCUCAGUUUCUCCCUGGGGUCGUGUCUCUGCUUCUCUCUCACAGGAUCACAACAGUGGGGGAUGCGGGUAGGGACAUGGCUUAAACACAGCACGGGGAGGGGGCGUUGAGAUGCCGGGCCUUGUUCCACGUCUAGGAGGGGGGAUUCCUGCUAUUGCUCAAAACAAAAUAAUACAAAACAGAAACCCCAACUUCUGGUUCAGUCUUUUUUUUUUAAAUAUUAUUAUUUCACAUGGAAACAAGGAACCAGCUAUGUGCUGGGUUUUACUGAAGUACGACGCUUAUUUUUUAAUGUAAUUAAAAAACAAACAACCCGAAUAAGCAACCCAACAGCCGCCCAAAAGAGAGCAGGCUCCCAGACCCGCCAACCAGACGGGUGAGACCAGACCGAAGAAACCAAGGCCAGUUGUUGGAUUGUUUCGCUUCAACUUGUUGCAGUGUUUGCAUGCCAUCUCCAGAGGCCUUUUCCAGUCCUGUCCAGUGCUUUAUUCUCAUGUAAUGCUGCCAACUGUGAGAUUAAACUGUAAUAAAAACCAUUCCAUACGGACACGGACUCGCCACGCCUCCCCAGGUGUCUUUCUCUGGGGAGAGGAGGGGGUGACUCUUAGGAGCUGGGGGAAGAGGGUGCAUCCCAAAGAGAAAUCAAAGGUGAGUCAUGAUGGGCUGUGGCCUGUGUCUGGCAAUGAAGUGAGUGUCUUGCCAACAAGAGAACACUGACUUGUAUCCAUCUUACCAUCUACUUUGACUGCCAGGUCCUUCUCUGCAGUACUGCAGCUGAGCCAGUCAUUCCCCACUCUGUAUUUGUGCAUGCAAUUAUUCUGCUCUAAGUGCAGAACUUUGCA